AUGUUUUAGGAUAGAUAUCAAUACCUUUUGGCCUCAUCUAAUGAGAUAGCUAGCUUAUCCAUUGAUUGUAAAUAUUCCUCCUAUUUUCAAGCCAAUUACAUCAAAAAGGGCAGUCUUCGAAGAAUCUUUAAGAAUGUUUAAUUUGACACAUUCGAGAAUCAGCAAUUAAAGGAAUUCAAGGAAUAUCUCGAUUCCAUUCCAGUUGAAUAUUUAAAAGAAGUUCAAAAUGAUUCCGUAUUAUUACGAUUCUUGUAUGCUCAUAAAUUUGUCAAAGAAGACACUGUAAACUACUUUGUGGAUCACUUAAAUUGGUUAAACAACCCUGAAACUAUGAAUUUGGAAGAUAUUCCAUAAUAUUCUAAAUUAGUUUAAAUUAUUGGGAGAGAUGAGAUGCUAAGACCUGUGCUACACAUAUCUUUGAGUUUACCUCUUGAUGACUUAUUCAUCAAGGCAAUAACAAACAAACUUAUUAUUAUGGAAGACUAUAUGUUUGUGCCUGGCAAAGUAGAAAGCUGGAUUAUGAUUGUUGAUUUAAGUUCAAAUAACCCAAAUAUUAAACCUGAAAAAAUAGAAUAGGCAAUCAAGCAUUUUGUGACUAACUUUCCAAUGUCUCUAGAACAAAUCUAUUUUUUAGAGGUGAAUUUAAUAUUGAAGUAAAUUGGAGAAAAUGUUUUAAAGCUUGAUUAAAUAAAAAAGCUCAAUCUUGAAGAUAAAAUUACAAUUACAACCAAAGCCAAAUAUGAGAAGGAGAAGAUCCAAUUUCUAUCCCCGGAAUACCUUCAUUUAUUUGAGAAUGACACCUAAUUAAAUCACAGUUUAUAGUAGAACCAACAGAAUCCAUUCUCAGUACUUUAAUAAUAGCCAUCAUAAUCCUCUUUGCCAUUUGCUCAAUCUCCAAAUCAAGUCAUACGCAAUUAACCAAAUCAAUCUAAUCAAAUCGCACAGCAACCCUCGCAUUUAAUACUUAAUUAACCAUAACCUACUUUAUAUGGUCAUCCCCCUAAAUUAUCAAAUGAGGGAGAAUUGAUUGGCCCAUUGUAUCCCAUGAUUGUCUAUGCUUCUGCCUAGCCACAACCUUAUGUGCCCGAAUAUCAUCAUAAGGAAUUCUAAAUUCAGCCUGCCAUUUAACCUGAUCCUCAUCAUAUGACGAACAACAACAAUUACAAUAACUUUUAAAAUAACAUCCCCAACCAAUAGAAUUUCAUGAAGACUCAGUACAAUCCACAACAAUAACAGUACAAAGGCCUCUCAAAUCCUGAUUAUUUAGUUCGAACCAAGUAUGAUGACAUCAUAGAUCAAUACAAUUGGAACAAGUAUGGUGUCACUCCACAAUUGCCAUCAGUGGAACCUGAAAAAAUCAUCAAUGAUGUCACCAUGCAUGUCUCUUCACCCCUUCAACCAUAUUCACCCUUAACACCUACUCUACCAGGGAUUCAAUAAACAGUUAAAAAAAAUGACUUCAAUUUAAAUCAUGACAUCUAUUCAACCUAUAAUAAUAAUCAUUUUGAAGAUCCCCUCAUAUCCAAUAAAGAUCAUUACCCAUAAAUUUCAGAACACCCUAGUUUGACACACUAUGAUCAUCCACCAGACACUUUUAAUAAAUAUUCAAACGUAGACCUACCAAUGGAACCCCCAUUUAAUUAAUCAAAUAAGAAAUACGACUUUGAUCCAUUACCCCAUCAGCCCUACCAACCAUAUCAAAAUAUGGACUCCUAUCCUCCCAUCCAUCAUCAAAUUGAAAAGAAAUACGACUUUGGACCAAUACCAAAUAGACCAUCUGAGCACUCCUUUCCAAACUCUUAAAUCAUUUAUGACAAACCCUACAUCCCUGAUCGCAGCUCCAUCGAUACUCCAAUCACCACCAUGAAUUACACUCAACCAAAAUACCAGAGUUAUGUGCCUUAAACCCUCAGCAACUACCCCUUAAAUACUUUACCAUCCAAUUUUCAAACAAUUCCUUUAUCGUCGAUCCCCCAAAAUUCAGGCUACUCCCCAUACUAUCCCUAAUAGCCCUUUAGUCCAAUACCCAGCAGCACCAAUCUAUACACUGCUCCCAAUUAUCCAAUUCCCAUUUCCAAGCCCUAGCAUUCCAGUUUGGAACAGCCCAAAAUCGUAGAGCAAGAUGGAAUCAAAUUCUAAGAUGAAACCAUGGUGGUUGGCGACAAUGAUCAUAGGUAAACCAAGAAUUCCAAUAGAGACCCUGCCUUGGAUCAAUAAUAAUGUUCAAUUUAUUGAUAUUUUUAUAUGCAUAAUUUACAUAAUUAAUCUUGAUACGCUCUCUCA